AGGACAACGUUUGUUGUUGAUUCCGGAGAAAGAUGAAAAAUUCGGUCUGCGAAGAGUGCAAGCUAAAUCCAUGGAAGUACAAAUGUCCUGGAUGUUCGAUUCGAUCGUGUGGUCUUCCUUGUGUGAAAGCCCACAAGCAGCGAACAGGUUGUACCGGAAAAAAGAAUCUUACCAACGUCGUUCCCCUCUCCAAGUUCGACGAUAAUCUCCUCCUUUCUGACUACAUUAUGCUUGAGGAAACAAAAAGAGUGGCGGAGUCUGCUCUGAGAACGAGGAAUCAAUUAUGCAAAAAUCGUUAUUCUUAUAAGUUACCCUAUCUUCUUCGGAGCCUUCAAAAUGCUGCUUAUAGCCGCAGAACCAAGCUAUUGUAUCUCCCUAGUGGAAUGUUGAAGAGGGAAAAUAAUCAGUCCAGAUACGAUAAUAGGAGCAAGUGCAUCUCGUGGACAAUUGAGUGGCGGUUUCACUCUACAGAUGUGAUUCUUGUUGAUCAUGGUGUUGGUGAAGAUACAAAUUUAUGCUCAGUGAUAAAGAAUCAUCUCAAGCCUGGCCCCUGGAUUCACAAGCUCAAGCCUUUUUGUGAUGUGGAUCUUGAUUCUCUUAAACUUUUUAUACGCCAAUACCCAAAGGGUGCAAAGGCUCCUUUCAAGGAGCUGGACAUCAAAGCUCCUUUGAGGCAACAGCUUGCCAAAGUAGCUAUCUUAGAGUACCCGGUGAUCCAUGUAUAUCUACCUUCACAGAGCUAUGACUUUGAAGUUAUCAACCAUGUAAACACGACACCUAAUCCUAAUGAUUCCUUAUAUGAUGGUCAUGGAUGCACUAAUGGUAUAACCUUCCGAGAAGAAGAAAUAGAAGAAGACGACAUCAACUCCUUUGAGCCAAAGGUUCUUGAGCUUGUGAAACAAAUGAACUAUAACCCGUGUCUGCGAGUCUCAGAGGAAAGCAAGGCAGAGGGCGUUGGUACCAACAAGUCAAAUCCUCUCGUUGAUCCCAGAGAACAAGAAGAUGCUGGUAACAUGGAGCUUGAGUUUGAGGAAGGGUUAAUAGACACAUACUCGGAUCUUUUCGCGGAGAUGAGCCCAGGUGACUAUUUCAACUUUGAAUGUGAAUUUGCAAAGGGAUUGGAUUCGGAUGAUAAUUGCAGUCUCCAAAAUUUAGAUACUGAUUUCAUCGCUGAUGGACUAGAUUUAGAAGAAGGGGAAAUCGUCGAAUGAUGGUCAUAGUCUUGUUCCGGCAAAAAGAAAUAACAAAAGGAAUUACUCUCUGUGAAACAAUUUUGGUCGCCAGAGGAUUAUGUUCAGGCCAGAAGCUCUCUUGUUCAAGCACAUUAGCAAUUCUUGGCACCAGCCAAAGCUUUUACUGGAAUGCAAUAGCCAAUACGUUCGUUGCAGCACUGAUGAUCAUUAAGUUUUCGGUUUGGGCUUUGAUCAACAUGUAUUUUUUGUUGUAAACCAGAUUACUAGGCUGUUCUGUAGUGUGUAGCAAACUUGAUUGUUUACAUACAAGAUUAGUUAAACUUAAGAGAAUGUCUCCGAAACUUUUGUUCAGACUUAUCCUCUUACAGAUCCUCAUAAAUUAAUCUUGUUGUGUGUCAGACCUUUUUCAUAGUCAAUGUAAUAACAGACCAAACCUUGU